AAAGAACCCCAAACCCUACAGGCAGAAGAACAUGAACUCCAAAUAAGAAAUAAUAAAUAUUGCAAAGUAGAAGCAUCCUGUAAUACGAAUAUUCAUCAAAGCGUUCCCCCUGUUAGACGCAAGAGCCCUGACAGAUGGGGAGAGUGUUAUUGCGAUGAACUAUGUGAAGAGAUUGGAGAUUGCUGCGUUGACUAUGACAUGUGGUAGGAUAUGUAUAUAAAGAGGUCCUUUUUCUAGAUGGAAUAGCUUUUUAACUUGAUACAUGUAAGUUUCGGAAUAAUGGCGUAUCGAGCCGAUGUAACAAGUAUUUCGUGUCGCAUGUCAUCAGGCAUUUGUUUUUCCUCAGGCAUACAUCUGAUGUGAGAAGUCAGUCCAAGAAGCUGACCUAUGAAACCUGCAGAAGAGCUCCGUCAGAUGACAGACAAUUAGAAAUAGGGUACAUGAUGAUCGCUAAAUGUCCGCCACUUUGGAAGGGUACAGAGACUGCGCACUCCUGUAGCUCCAUCAACUACACUGCUGACCCUCUGACUGCCGUACCUGUACAGGACAUAGCCCAUAACAUCACCUUUGCUAACAUGUACUGCGCAAUCUGUCAUGGCAAAUCAAAAGAUCUUCAUCUAUGGAGUAUUAAAUUUACCCUGUUACGGAACCGUCAUCCUCGUCUUGAUGACAUUCGGUCUCCCCCGCUUGGUACAUUUUGGAAAGUCAUUCCGUUUAGGGCGCAGUCUCCUCGCAAAUGUGUCGUGACGCCUAUUAAGAGUCACACCGAACCCAACACAAAGCUUAAAGAUCUUUGUCGGUCUUAUGCAAACGCUAUUUUUUUCAAGAUUGGUCGUGUUAAGUCUUUGUUCAAAAAUCCUCACUGCGCUCUUAUGGCGGGCUACAAUUUGUCAUCCUUAGAAGUCAGUUGCGGAAAAAAAUUUCUAAGAAAUCGAUUUACAUUGAAGUUAAGUGAAGUUCUCUUUACAUUCUCUUUGCAUUCUAAGCAAAGUAGAACAAAAUCAAUGUCGGUUCAGGCGCUGCAAACUGAUGUCAAUUGUUCGCUUUCUGAGUAUUACGAUCCUUUCAGAGAAAAAUGCAUGCCACUUCCGACUGUCCCUCAAACACCCAGGAGAAAUCACACACACUCGACUGCGAAUUGUCAGGGUCCCAACUUCUCACAAAGCGAGUUUCAGAUCCUAAGAAACGGUUCUGUGUCACUUCACCUUCUCCAAAAGAUUUAUCCAAAUGGUAGUUACAUCUUAGUUAACCAAACAGUCAUUUUGUGCGUUAACACUUCGCUUAUUAAUUACACCCGAAGUACUGGAAAGCCUUGCGGAAAUGAGGGAAAGCCAGAAUUGCGAUCUCUAACACUGCUUGUUCUUACUUAUGUUGGUUUCUCCUUGUCAAUUAUUGCUCUCCUUUUCCUGAUGAUAACGUAUUUUCUGUUUUCUGAGCUGAGAACCUAUCCUGGUCAAAGAGUGAUGCAUUUGUCGUCUGCAAUGAUAGCCAUGCAGUCAGUGUACUUUGUUACAGAUCCGGAUGUUGUUUUGUCAGCAGUCUGUGUCGCGAUGGGAGCCUUGUUGCAUUACUUGAUCCUGACUGUUUUCUUGUGGAUGAGCACAAUCGCCUAUAGUACGCAACGAACUUUUUCCAACCCAAGUAGGUGACAUUGUGCUGCUCCUACCAGUGAUAAGCUGUAGGUGACAUAAGUACGUGUCUUGACCACAAAUUAAGUGCAAAAAAACCUAUAUUCUCCAGCUUGAAAGGGAAAGAAGUACCAUUACUAACAUUGAUAUCAUGCCUAAAAAUGACAGGUAACCCUCGUCCCCAACCCCUCGUAACAAUUUUCCAAUUCACUGGUACUCAUUUACAUUACUUGGUAAAAAGGAGCAGUGAGGGAAUCAAUUUUAUCACUAUUUUGUCCAGACCAGGGCUCGAACCCCCGUGACCUUUCCAUCCAGAAUACAACGAAGUAAACAUUCUGAUAAUUUGGUCUUUUGUAACAGACAGACCUUCCGUAUGCCUUGUGAAAAAUGAGUUAGAGCGCCAUGAAUCCAUUUUGCUAUUGAGAUAGUCUGUGUAGAAAGGGACUAAGUCAAAUGGUUACAAGUGAGAUGAUUUUAAUCAGCCCAGAAGUGCCAUAAUAUUUUCUACCACAUUAUUAGAAGCAGAGUAAACAGUAUUGGUUUAUUGUCGCAGAUGUGAGCCUUUCAAACCCUGGAGCCAUUGCCAGACACAGGAAAACCCACAUUCGAUACUGCAUAAUCUGUUGGGGAGUUCCUUUGGCUAUCGUGGGAAUUUGUGUAGCUCUACAGUUGACCAACACUGGAAAUAUCCGUUAUGGUAAGUUUAUCCCUCAGAGGCAGCUACCACUCCUGCAACUCAUCGCAUGGAAAGCUUUCGCACAAUACUGGAAAAACGCAACCUCGUAACCGGGGUUUCUUUUCUGCUAUUUAUUAGCGCGCAAGUCACGUUUUCAGAUUAUUUGGUAGAAAUUGGCUUUAAAGGGCGUAAUGACGUGAAAAUCUAUCUCACUGUCAUGCAAUUUUUCUGAAUCCUUGUUUAGCAUGGUGGUUCUGGAGAAUGAAUGCAAUUGCUUUAUGGGGCGUGAAAAAUAAACUUGUGGCAUUUUCCUAAUUGUAUUUAUUAGUUUUCUCCUAUAUUUUUGUUCCUUGCAGCUACUGAAGAAGGAUGUCAGCUUUCACUUCCUGCCCGCACCUACGCUGUUGCAUUUCCUGUCUCAGGAAUGAUUUUUCUCAACAUCGUGUCUUUGAUCCGUACAGUUGUCUUCAUCAAGCAACUAGGGCAGGUACUUAUUUAUUAGUUUAAAUGAAAACAGCAAAACAAACAAAACACAACAACGAUAACAACCUCAAACACGACACAAAAUCGAAAUAGAGAACUAACCAGAAAAUUAAGAAUUUCUGAAGUUCGUUAUCAAUAGUGGAUGAAAUAUUCUCUGUUGUAACGCGUGGCUGUAGAAGCAUUCCACGUUUUGACCGUAUAUGUUUAAUUUCUUUGUGUUAGGGCAACGUAGCGGCCUCUCGCCAAAGAAACCUUCCCCUGAUCGUGCUGAAAUUGACAGCUGUUAUGGGCAUCUCCUGGAUUCUAGGAUUUGUCAUGGUAUUCCAUCCAACACCUUACAUCGAAUAUCCAUUCGUCAUAGUCAACAGCUUUCAAGGUAAGAUUAUC